CUGCCUUUCUUUUUUUUUCCAGAUGGAUAACUUUUUACUUUCGUUUUGGCUUCCCUCCUCCCUUGAUUCUCGUCCCCCUUGAACUUUUUGAUAUUCAUGCCGAUGCCCAUACUGUUUCGAAAAUGCCCCUUGCUCUUUUACUUCUUUUUUUUUCCCUUUUUCUUGUUUCUUUUCUUCUCGUCUACGUAAAAUCCAAUCACUGUUUGACAACAAAGAAGGGAUCCAGUCUUCUCUUGUUGUCUUGAUAAAAAUGACGACCUUGUCGAAUUCGUCACCAUUGCCACCACCAUCACCAGCAUUCACUGUCACGGAUUAUGAUGGCACCAUUGCCAGCUUAAAAAACUCGUCCAAUUUCUCAGAUUUUGUGGCAAAUGAAAAAGAUGGACUUGUCUAUCUCUCGCCUCGUGAUGUUCACCAGAAUCUUGUGGAACUCAAAAUCGGUGUUCUACUUCCCUUUCACCAAGCUGAUAACAAUUCCACCAAAGAAUAUACUUUGAGUGGUGUGGCGGCAGUUCGUAUGGCCGCCGCGGAGAUCAACGCACAACGGUUGAUUCCAGGGGCUUACAUUACGCUGAUCGAAAAGGAUUCCUUCCCUGACAAGGUGCCCGAUCAAACCGCUAUUACCCAGGCCGUAUUUUCCACCGUCGCCUUGAUCCAAGAAGGUGUCAUUGGUGUUAUUGGCGAUAUUUCGUCUUCAUGGACCUCUUUAUCCGCUCUCAUGACAAGUACACUCCAAAUUCCUCAAUGCUCUUUCACCGCCAGUGCAACCUCCUUAUCGGAUAAAUCCCAAUAUGGAUACUUCUUUCGGACCGUCCCGACCCGAUUGUUGUACGUCGACGCGGCCGUAUCGUUCAUCGUCAACCAAAAAUGGCCUAUCAUUGGCAUUCUUUACACAAAAAAUAAUGCCGGUCAUCAACUUUCCGAUACCAUGGUAAUCAAAGCCAAAUUAAACGGGAUCCGCGUCCGCGCUUAUCAGCACUUUAUUGAUCACGGUCCCAACAGCAAUCUCGAGCAAUCCAUUGAUGCCCUGAUGAAAAAUGGAGUACGCAUCAUCUUCUUGGCCGCCGAAGGCGAAGCUCGUUUAGCUGCAUUGACCGUCGCUGCUCACAUGGGCCACGUGAACAAUGAAACUGUCUGGAUCACCACCGGCGAUUUAGUGCCUGAUAAAUUGUUCAGCGUCGUGCAACAUUUCAAUGACGCUAUUCUUCAUCGACGCAAUGGCUCCGACAUCCCUUGGCAUACCAAUACCACUCAGCCAUCGUCCUCGUCCUCCUCUUCCGACGGAGAGCCCAAAUUCGAUCUUGUGCUACAUGCCGCCCUCCAAACAGAUCGAUUGGUGCCUAUCGAAUAUACCUCGGCUUUUUCAGGAGGUGUAUUUUGGUUUGAACAAUGGAUGGACUUGGCAGGUUAUGCUCCCUACGAUGACUUUAUGGAUAAAUGGUUACGUCUCAAUCCCUCGAUAUAUCCUUAUGCGGGACAACGUAACGUUAGUGGAAUAGAAGGACUGGCGUAUUCGUGUAUGAUGGUCAUGGCCCGUGGUUUCAGUCAGCUUUUGCGCAACGCUACAAAUGCCACAGAUACGCUCGGACUUUUAGCCACCAACCAGCUCGACCCUCCCGUGACGCCUUCCAUGUUUAAUACAGGCUAUGUAGGACCGGACGGACCUAUUCUAUUCGACCAAAACGGGGAUCCUGCUGUUGGAAAUUUCUUGGUGUAUAACCUUCAAAAUGGGUCUGAAGUGGAAAUUGGUCACAUCCUGGGCGGGCAACUGAACCUGACCUCAAAUCCGGUUUUCCAUGAUGGCACCACCUCGCCUCCCUCGGGUGCGCCUACAUCUGUCUCUCUUAACCCGGGCCUCUCUUCGCCGGCGUCACUGGCGGUGGCCUCCUUUGCUUCCAUUGGCACUCUAUUAGCCAUUGUCACCAUCAUCAUUAUUGUCAUUUACCGACACCAUGAAGUUUUCAAAGCGUCCAAUGUCCUUUUCUGCGUUCUAGAGGUGAUUGGAUUGAUUCUAUGUUACAUGUCCAUCUUUUUUUAUACCUCGUAUCGCACAUCAUUCACAUGCAGUAUGUUGCCAAUCUGCUUUCACAUUGGAUACUCCCUUGCGCUAUCGAAUAUGAUUGCCAAGAAUUACACGAUCUACCGAGUAUCGAACAAUGUCUAUGUCAACCAAAUUGUCAUCACCAAUAUGCAAUUGUUAAAGGUGGUUGGUAGCGUUGUUGGCACUCACAUGUUGCUGGUCAUUGCCUGGUUUGCGUUUGUUCGUGUGAGUGCGGUGGAGAAGCCGGUGUCAAUGACUACCUAUUACAUUGUAUGCUCUUACAACGGUCCCGCACACGCGAGCUUCUUGUGGUUACUGUCUCUAUUUGCAGCUAGCCAGUUGAUCGUCGCCACAUGGCUUGCCGUCAAAACCAAGUCCCUCGCACCUACUUAUACACACUACAAUGAAACCAAACAGAUCAACAUGACCAUCUACAACAUAUUUUUCUCCGCACUAAUUGGGUUCACCAUUUACUGCGUGCCCACUGCCGACUCUUACACGCGCGCAUUCCUGACGGAAAUUACCAUCGUGUGGGCGACCACGUUCUCCUUGCUCAUGUUAUUUUUACCCAAAUUUCGUGCCAUUUUCUUUCGGCGCAAAUCACGUCGAAGAACACCCUACCACCGACCGCCGCAACCCAAUCAAAGCCGCCGUCCUUCCCGAUUCGAAACCCAGGACCUGGAAACGCGUCAAACCCUUGGUGGGGAACUCAUUAGUCUCAACGGCAUGUUAUCGAAACCCGGAGCAUUGUUAUCUGGCUCCCACUUUUCACCCGUUGGGUCACUCCAGUCACCAUCUCCCGACGCGGACAAUAUCGUACAAUCCCAAGGUAUUGUCCUUGAAGCCCAUAAAGCACAAAUUCCCAUUCAGGUGAGCUUUAAAUGGUUUCCAUUUCUCUCGGCUUGGGAUAUGAAGAACGUUAUCCUGUUUCCUCGUGUGGGUUACUUUUCUUUCUUUUCGGAAGCCACCAACAAAGGCAAAGUAUUCAGUUACACGCAUGCGACCAACGUGUCGUCGUCGUCCACUGAAGGUCAUGUACUCAAAGUGCAUGGAACCGGAUUUUACGAUGUUUAUAUUCAGUUAGCCACGCGUGACGAUGCUGAAUGCUGGCACACAUGGUUCAACUCCAAGGAUCCCGGUUUUGACCCUGAAAACACGUUGCUCACAAGCCGAUCGUGUCUUACGACGCGGUCGACUAUGGUGGCUUCCACCGAUAAGAAAUCGGAUUCGACGCAAAAACUGAAAAAGGAGGAUUCAAGCGAUCGAUAUCUGCUGGAGAGACAAGAAAGUGGCAUUACAAUUGAAACCGUGGAAAGUGCGGUGUCAACUCUUCACCGGUUGCCGUCCCCACUUCAAAUCGCCGAUCAGCAUCCAUACUACAUGCAUGUCCCUUCACCGUCUACCCUGACGCCCGGAUCUGAUAUAGGAACAAGUCCGUCAACCGAUCGACCCACUGCUGACGGUGAUACGCCAAGUAGUAGUUCCUUUUUAGUACCGCCAUCCCCUCUGCGAAGUCCGUUAACGCCUGCGUUUGAUACCAGUCGACGUAUGUCAUCGCCUUUGCAUCACCCUCCACGCUCCAAUAGUCAACACAGUCUUUUUGCCGCUCAUCAUGUCUCAAGAAGACCGAGCCAUCAACAGUUACUACAAACACCGUCACCACCCUUCAAUUCUUCCUCUCGCCGACCCUCCGACACUGGUUCCUGCUACAAAUCGUUCACGGCAUACGUGUCCAUUACACCUUCCUCAGCGGAUCGUAGACUGGAACGCAGACACUCAUAAACUAUUCAUCGCUCACGAUCAUCCUAAUACAACUACUCAUCCAUAGAGAGAAAUAUUUAUUGAACAAAUGAAGCAUGCAUAAUAUUGCCACAAAUUAUUCUUCUCUCUCUUUUUGUUACACACAAGCAAGUGC